CCGCAUUUUACCCUCACCCUAAUUUACGUAACAAAUUCGCAAAAUAAAAACGUUCGCCGCAUCUAAGGGCUCAUUUCCCAUUAACCGUAUAUAGUAUCCCAACAUAAAACACCCUUGUACAAUGCACAUAUAGAAACUUACGGGUAUCUGAACGCACACAACCAAAAAAUACCCAGCACGGUACAUCGCUCUUCCAUCUCCAAUACAACUAAACCCAGAAAGAAAAAACAUGGCGGGGAUAAUGUCCAGCUUACGCUUGCCUCAGUCAGAUUCCCUAUUGGUCACGUAUCUCUGGUGAAGUCGUCCAAUGACAGUAGAAACUGGGCGGGACUCGCAGGGUGCGAGCUGAGCAGAAUAAGCAGAUUAAACCCGCAGCCCUUCAGCACAAUGAACAUUUCAUAACACAUUUAAGAAAUAUAACAGCACUAUUUUAACCCAUUCAGUAAAUUACAUGUUAAACUGCUCCACCGGAUUAACUAAAGUGCUGACUUAUCGUGAACAAUAACUUCCAUGACUGAGUGAUGGCUCUGCUGAGUCUCAGUUCCUGUUGUGUGACAGUGACAGACAGAAGUGGCCAGGAUCUACAAAAGUCCCCGGUCCAAACAGCCCAAGAACCUGUAAACAAGGACCAGGUUCCGGAACUUCGGUGUGAAAGCACCUAAUAAGAGUCAGACUGCAAUACAUGGGAAUUGGUUCUUUACAACCCUAAUCGUCUAAGUGAUGGCUCACUCUUCCAAUGAGGAGAUCCAGACCUCGCUCCCCAACCUCUUGUUGGAUUACCUGGAGGAGCUCAGUGAUGAAGAGUUGAAGAGGUUUAAAUGGAAACUGAGUAACACAAAAUUCAAAGGAUAUUCAAAGCUCCCUCCUUAUAGUCGGGUGAAGGACUUGGAUAUAACGGAUUUCACUGAGCUAAUGAUACGUUCCUAUGGUGAAGUCGGUGCUCUCAAAGUCAUGCUUGAAGUCCUGAAGAAUAUGAAGCUGAAUGGCCUUGUUCAGAGGCUGAAAGAAGACCUGCAGAAUGACACUAUCAUGUCAGAAAGACCAAAGCCCUCCGGUGCCCAGGGAAGAAAAAGAAAAAGAGAAGAGGAGGAAAAACUGGAAAAAGACAGAGGACAGCUCAUGCUGCAAUAUCAGCGGGAAAUCAAAUGUAAACUUAAGAAGCAAUUUGAGUGUGUAUUUGAAGGGAAAGCUAAGGAAGGACAGCCAACACUUCUCAGUGAGAUUUACACAGAACUCUACAUAACUGAAGGUGGGACUGGAGGAGUCAAUGAUGAACAUGAAGUGAGACAGAUUGAAACAGCAUCCAAGAAAAGGCGAACAGAAGAUACUACAGUCAAGUGCAAUGAUAUAUUUAAACCCUUAAGUGGGCGUGAGACACCUAUCAGAACUGUACUCACUAAAGGGGUGGCAGGUAUCGGGAAAACAGUCUCUGUGCAGAAAUUUAUUCUCGACUGGGCAGAAGGAAAAGCAAACCAGGACAUUCACGUCAUAUAUGCUCUUCCUUUCCGGGACCUGAAUUUGAUUAAGGAUGAAUACAGUCUGAUUGAACUGCUUCACCGCUUUGACCCAGAACUGAAAUCACUUGAAUCCACUGAGCUGUUUAGGUACAAAGUCUUGUUCAUCUUUGAUGGUCUGGAUGAGUGUUGCCAUCCUCUAGAUUUUCAGAACAAUGAGAGUUGGUUUGAUGUAACAAUGAAAAUGUCACUUGAUGUGCUGUUGACUAACCUUAUUAAGGGGAAUCUGCUUCCAUCCGCUCUCCUCUGGAUAACCUCCCGGGCUGCAGCAACCAAUCAGAUACCUCCUAAGUGUGUCCACCGGGUGACAGAGAUACGAGGUUUCAGUGAUGCCCAGAAGGAGGAGUAUUUCAAGAAGAGAUUCAGUGAUCAGAGUCUGGCCAGCAGGAUUAUCACACAUGUGAAAUCAUCAAAGAGCCUCUUCAUCAUGUGUCACAUACCUGUGUUCUGCUGGAUUUCAGCCACUGUCUUGGAGAGGCUUUUUAGUGAGAAUGACAGGGGGGAAAUUCCAAGUACUCUGACUGGAAUGUAUACACACUUCCUGAUCCAUCAGGCAAGUUUUAAAAAAGACAAGUAUUAUACCAAGCUAAAUGAAAACAGCAAGCAGUUCCUUUUAAAACUUGGUAAACUGGCUUUUGACAACCUUGAGAAAGGCAAUCUCAUAUUUUAUGAGCAAGAUCUGGCAGAGAAUGGCAUUGAUGUCACUGAAGCUUCAGUUUACUCUGGAGUGUGCACAGAAGUCUUUAAGGAGGAAUAUGGGUUGUACCAGGAGAAGGUGUACUGCUUUGUGCAUCUGAGCAUUCAGGAGUAUCUUGCUGCUUUAUACGUGUUUCUAUCAAACUCAUCAGCUGACCUGCUGGAGACUGCAGUGGAUCAGGCAUUAGAGAGCAAGAAUGGACACUUGGACCUCUACCUCCGCUUCCUCCUGGGCCUCUCUACAGACUCCAGUAAGACUCUGUUACAAAGGCUACUGGGAGAGACAAGAAUCAGCUCAAAUAACAUUAAGGAACCAGACCAAUACAUCCAUCCAUCCAAUAUCUGUACCCUUGUGUCCUAUUCAGGGCCAUUGGGGUCUGAAGCUUAUCCCCAAAGCUAUGUGCGCAUGGCAGGGACUGACCCAGGAAGGUGUUCUGGCUCAGAAUCGGGUUCCGACUCAGAAUCGGGUUCCGGCUCAGAAUCGAGUUCCGACUCAGAAUCGAGUUCCGGCUCAGAAUCGGGUUCCGACUCAGAAUCGGGUUCCGACCCAGAAUGGGAUGCCACCCCAUUGCUGCCCGAAUACAUCAAGGAGAAAAUACAGGAGAAUUUAUCUCCAGAAAGGACCAUCAACCUGUUCCACUGUCUGGUUGAGCUUGGUGACAAUUCUCUAGUAGAGGAUGUACAAAGAUACCUGAAUUCAGGAAGUCUUUCAGCAGAAGACCUCUCACCUGCACAGUACUCAGCUCUGGCUUUUGUGAUGCUGAUGUCAGAUGAGGAGCUGGAUGUGUUUGAUCUGAAGAAAUUCUUCAGAUCAGAUAAAGAGCAUUGCAGGCUGCUGCCUGUGGUCAGGAACUCCAAGACGGCUCUGCUGAACAGCUGUGAUCUCAGAGAUAAACAUUGUGAAGUGUUGACUUCAGCUCUAAGAUCAAACUCUUCCCCCCUGAGAGAGCUGGACCUGAGUGACAAUAACCUGAAGGAUUCAGGAGUGAAGCUGAUCUCUGCUGCACUGGGGGAUUUACACUUUAAACUGGAGAUAUUGAGGCUGGCAGGCUGUAGAGUCACAGAAGAAGGCUGUUCUUCUCUGGCUUCAGCUCUGAGGUCAAACCCCUCACACCUGAGAGAGCUGGAUCUGAGCUACAAUCACCCAGGAGACUCAGGAGUGAAGAUGCUCUCUGCUCUACUGGAUGAUCCCAGCUGCAAAUUGGAGAAGCUGCAGGUAGGCCGGUGUGAACUCACAGAGAAAUACUGUGAGGUGCUGGCUUCAGCUUUAAGAUCAAACUCCUCACCCCUGAGAGAGCUGGACCUGAGUGACAAUGACCUGCAGGAUUCAGGAGUGAAGCUGCUCUCUGCUGGACUGGGGGACUUGCACUGUAAACUGGAGAUACUGAGGUCAGUCUUGCUGGGUAUUCCACACUGUAAACUUUGGGUAGUGAGGUGAGUAUUACUGGGUAUU